AAAUACAGCUUUUGGAAGUUCAGACCCCCCAGCACAAAUAAUUCAAAACACAAUUGCCAAUAUGCCGCAAAAUUCUUAUUCAUAUAUGCCAAAUACCUAUGCAUUACGUAAACAAAUAAAUUAUGUUAGAAAAAAACAUUUACUUUCACAACCACAGUCAUUACAAGAAAUUGAUAUUCCUAUUAAUUUACAUCAAACAAUCCAUGAUGAGCAAUUUUUGGCUAAAGAUAUUAAAUAUGGUGAAGAAAAAAUGUUAAUUUUCUGUAUAGCAUCAAAUCUUAAGUAUUUACAAAAUGCCAACUAUUGGAUUGUAGAUAGCACAUUUAAAACUGUGCCUAUACUUUUUCAACAACUAUAUACAGUACAUGCUUUAGUUAGUAGAAAUAAUAAUGCAACUAUUUUUCCUAUAGUUUAUGCCUUGAUGACAGAUAAAUCUGAAGAAAGUUAUUUACACUUUUUUCAAGAAUUAAUUGAAUUAGGUGAAACUUCUG